ACUCCUGUGAUAACUAUGGCAGCACAAGACCCCGAUUCAGGGGAGGCUGGGAAGCUAGUCUACUCCAUGGAUGCCCUAAUGAAUAGCAGGUCCAUGGAGCUGUUUAGCAUUGACCCCAAGAAUGGUCUCAUCACCACCACCAAAGCUUUGGAUAGAGAGACUAUGGACCUGCACUAUUUCCGGGUUACUGCUGUGGAUCAGGGGGUCCCCCGCCUUUCUGCCACCACCAUGAUUGCUGUAACUGUUGCUGACCGAAAUGAUCAUGACCCUGUUUUUGAGCAGAGUGAGUACAGAGAGACUAUUAGGGAAAAUGUAGAAGAAGGCUAUCCUAUCUUACAGCUGAGGGCCACGGAUGUGGACUCCCCACCCAAUGCAAACAUCAGGUAUCGAUUUGUGAAUGAACAAGCAGCCCACUCUGUCUUCGAGAUAGAUCCCAGGUCAGGUCUGAUCACCACCAGUGGGCAAGUGGACAGAGAGAAAAUGGAGAAAUAUUCUUUGGUGGUGGAGGCAAACGACCAGGGUAAGGAGCCUGGGCCCAGAUCUGCCACGGUUAAAGUCUAUAUCACAGUUCUGGAUGAGAAUGACAAUGCCCCUCAGUUCAGUGAAAAACGCUACAUUGUCCAGGUGAGAGAGGAUAUAAGACCCCAUACGGAAAUCUUGCGCGUUACUGCCACUGACAUGGACAAAGACAAUAAUGCUUUAGUCCAUUAUAACAUCAUCAGUGGGAACAGUAGGGGCCAGUUCUCUAUUGACAGUGUGACUGGGGAAAUACAGGUGGUGGCACCUUUGGAUUUUGAAGUUGAACGUGAAUAUGCCCUGAGGAUACGUGCUCAGGACGCAGGGCGCCCUCCUUUGUCUAACAAUACUGGCAUGGCCAGCAUCCAAGUAGUGGACAUUAAUGAUCAUGCCCCAAUCUUUGUCAGUACCCCUUUUCAAAUCUCCGUCCUGGAAAAUGCCCCCCUUGGCCAUUCAGUGAUCCACAUCCAGGCGGUGGAUGCAGAUUAUGGGGAGAAUUCUCGUCUGGAAUAUAAACUAACUGGGGUCUCAGCUGACACCCCUUUUGUGGUGAACAGUGCCACUGGGUGGAUCACAGUGAGUGGCCCCUUGGACCGUGAGUCAGUGGAGCACUAUUUCUUUGGGGUGGAGGCUCGGGACCAUGGCUCUCCAUCCUUAUCUGCCUCCGCUAGUGUCACUAUCACUGUCAUGGAUGUGAAUGACAAUCGACCUGAAUUCACCCAAAAGGAGUAUUUCAUCCGGCUAAAUGAGGAUGCUGUUGUGGGGACCAGUGUUCUCAGUGUCACGGCAAUCGACAGGGAUGUGAACAGUGCCAUAAGCUACCAGAUAACGGGGGGGAACACUCGUAACCGCUUCUCUAUCAGCACUCAGGGAGGAGUGGGGCUGAUCACUCUCUCGCUACCCUUGGACUACAAGCAAGAGAGGCGCUAUGUGCUAACAGUGACUGCCUCUGACCGGACCCUGCAUGACAACUGUCACAUUCAUAUCAACAUCACUGAUGCCAACACCCAUAGGCCUGUGUUCCAAAGUGCCCACUAUUCAGUGAGUAUCAAUGAGGACCGUCCUGUGGGCAGCACUGUGGUGGUAAUCGGUGCCACUGAUGAUGAUGUGGGGGAAAAUGCCAGGAUCACUUAUUACCUAGAGGACAAUAUUCCUCAGUUUCGUAUUGAUGCAGACUCUGGUGCCAUCACAUUGCAGGCGGAGCUGGACUAUGAAGACCAGGUCACCUACACCUUGGCCAUCACUGCCAAAGAUAAUGGGAUCCCUCAGAAAGCGGACACCACCUAUGUAGAAAUCAUGGUGAAUGAUGUAAAUGACAAUGCCCCUCAGUUUGUCAGCGCUCACUAUCAAGGCAUUAUAUCGGAGGAUGCCCCUUCAUUCACCAGCGUGCUCCAGAUCUCUGCCACUGAUCGCGAUGCCCACACCAAUGGGCGGGUACAAUACACCUUCCAGAAUGGGGAGGAUGGGGAUGGGGAUUUUACCAUAGAGCCCACCUCUGGGAUUAUCCGUACUGUCCGCAGGCUAGACCGAGAGAAUGUCCCAGUCUAUGAGCUGACUGCCUAUGCUGUGGACAGGGGGGUCCCCGCGCAAAGAACCCCUGUCAACAUUCAAGUCACUGUUCAAGAUGUGAAUGACAAUGCCCCUGUUUUCCCAGCUGAAGAGUUUGAGGUUUUGGUGAAGGAGAACAGCAUUGUGGGCUCUGUGGUGGCCCAGAUCACAGCCAUUGACCCAGAUGAGGGACCUAAUGCCCAGGUCAUGUAUCAGAUUGUGGAAGGCAACAUCCCGGAGAUCUUCCAGAUGGACAUAUUUUCUGGGGAGCUCACUGCCUUGAUUGACCUGGAUUAUGAGACAAAGCCCGAGUAUGUAAUUGUGGUCCAGGCCACGUCUGCCCCCCUGGUCAGCAGAGCCACAGUCCACAUCAAGCUCAUUGACCAGAAUGACAACAGCCCCGUCCUCAAGAACUUCCAGAUCCUCUUCAACAACUACAUUUCCAAUAGGUCCAACACCUUCCCUUCCGGGGUCAUAGGGAAGAUCCCGGCUUAUGACCCAGAUGUGUCCGACAAGCUCUUCUACACUUUUGAACGGGGCAAUGAGCUGCACUUGUUGAUUGUAAAUCAGUCAAGUGGUGAGCUGAGGCUGAGCCGUAAGCUGGACAACAAUCGUCCCCUGGUGGCCUCCAUGCUGGUGACAGUCACAGACGGGAUCCACAGCGUGACAGCCCAGUGCGUCCUGCGUGUCAUCGUCAUCACAGAGGACAUGCUGGCCAACAGCAUCACUGUGCGGCUGGAGAACAUGUGGCAGGAACGCUUCCUCUCGCCGCUGCUCACCAGCUUCCUGGAGGGCGUGGCCACUGUGUUGGCCACACCCAAGGAGGAUGUCUUCAUCUUCAACAUCCAGAACGACACGGAUGUGGGGGGUUCGGUGCUGAACGUCAGCUUCUCAGCGCUGGCUCCCCGCGGCGGCCACUUCUUCAGCUCAGAGGAGCUUCAGGAGCAGCUGUACAUGAAGCGCAUGACUCUGACCUCCGUCUCCAUGCUGGAGGUGCUGCCCUUCGAUGACAACGUCUGCCUGCGGGAGCCAUGCCAGAACUAUAUGAAGUGCAUCUCUGUGCUCAAGUUCGACAGCUCGGCCCCCUUCAUCGCCUCCCCGUCCACCCUCUUCCGGCCCAUCCACCCCAUCACAGGCCUGCGCUGCCGCUGCCCCCAGGGCUUCACCGGGGACUACUGUGAAACCGAGAUCAACCUGUGCUACUCCAACCCCUGCCAUAACGGGGGCAUCUGCACCCGCAGGGAGGGUGGCUACACCUGCAUCUGCCACCAGCACUUCACAGGUGACAACUGCGAGGUGGACAGCCGCUCGGGGCGCUGCCUCCCCGGCGUGUGCCGGAACGGCGGCACCUGCACCAACUCUGCGGAUGGCGGCUUCCAAUGCCAGUGCCCCUCCGGGGGCUUUGAGAAGCCCUACUGCGAAGUCUCCACACGCUCCUUCCCCCCCAAGUCCUUCGUCAUGUUCCGGGGGCUGCGCCAGAGGUUCCACCUCACCCUCUCCCUCUCGUUCGCCACCCUGGAGCGCAGCGGCCUCUUGCUCUACAAUGGGCGCCUGAAUGAGAAGCAUGACUUCCUGGCCGUGGAAAUCAUUGAUGGGCAGGUCCAGCUGAAAUACUCCACAGGUGAGUCGAGCACCCUGGUGACCCCGUACCUGCCGGGGGGUGUGAGUGAUGGGCAGUGGCAUACAGUGCAGCUCCGCUACUACAACAAGCCCAAGAUUGGCUCCCUGGGGGUGGUGCAGGGGCCUUCCAAAGACAAGGUGGCCAUCCUGAUGGUGGACGAAUGCGAUGCAUCGGUGGCACUGCAGUUCGGCAGUGAGAUUGGCAACUACUCCUGUGCAGCAGAGGGCAUGCAGUCCAGCUCCAAGAAGUCCCUCGACCUCACAGGGCCCCUGCUCCUCGGAGGGGUCCCCAAUCUGCCUGAGAACUUCCCAGUGGCCCACAGGGACUUUGUGGGGUGCAUGAGAGACCUGUACAUCGACAGCAAACGGAUCGACCUGGCUACCUACAUUGCAAACAAUGGGACCUCUGCAGGAUGCCACGCCAAGCACACCUUCUGCGAUUCCAACCCCUGCAAGAACGGUGGCACCUGCUCAGUGGGCUGGGGAACCUUCUCCUGUGAGUGCCUUGUGGGCUUCGGGGGCAAGGACUGUAGGCAUGCCAUGCACCAUGCUCACUAUUUCCAUGGCAACAGCAUCCUUUCCUGGGACUUCAAGAAUGAGGUGAAAAUCUCCAUGCCCUGGUACGUGGGGCUGGCGUUCCGGACACGCAAGCCAGACGGGGCGCUGCUUCAGGCUCAUGCCGGCCAGUACACCACCAUCCUCUGCCAGCUGGACUCCGGCAUGCUCUCCUUCGUGGUGAGUAGAGGCUCUGGGCACACCACCAAGCUCCUCCUGGACCAGGUGCACCUGAGCGACGGGAAGUGGCACGACCUCCAGCUGGAGCUGCGAGAUGUUCGCAGUGGGCGCGACGUGCGCUAUAUCAUCACUGUCAACCUGGACUUUGGGCUCUACCAGGACACAGUGGUUGUUGGAAAUGAGCUGCAUGGGCUGAAGGUGAAGCAUCUUCACAUUGGGGGGAUCCCAGGGUCUGGCGAGGUGCAGAGUGGUCUGAAGGGCUGCAUACAGGGGGUGCGCCUAGGUGACACGCCCUCUGGGAUGGCGUUGCCCAAGCCCAACAGAGCUUUGAACGUGGAGGCAGGAUGCAGCGUGCCCAACUCCUGUGACUCCAGCCCUUGCCCUGCCAAUGGUAUCUGCAGGGAUGAGUGGCAGAGCUACUCCUGCGUGUGCCAGCCAGGAUACUACGGUGGGGACUGCAUGGACGUGUGCCACCUGAACCCCUGCAAGAAUAAGUCGGUGUGUCGACGGAAACCAGGCUCUCCCCUUGGCUACGUGUGUGAGUGCGGAGGAAACCACUUUGGGCAGUACUGCGAGCACAGGGUGGAUCAGCAAUGUCCGAAGGGCUGGUGGGGGAACCCGACCUGUGGGCCCUGUAACUGCGACGUGAACAAGGGCUUCGACCCAGACUGUAAUAAAACCAAUGGGCAGUGCCACUGUAAGGAGUUCCAUUACCGCCCCAAAGGGAGUGACACCUGUCUGCCCUGUGACUGCUACCCCAUUGGCUCCUCCUCGCGCUCAUGUGACCAGGAAAUGGGCCAGUGCCACUGCAGGCCCGGAGUGAUAGGUCGACAGUGCAACAGUUGUGACAGCCCUUUUGCAGAGGUGACGCCAAGUGGCUGUGAGGUGCUCUAUGAUGGCUGCCCUAAAACCCUGAGAGCUGGCGUCUGGUGGCCUCAGACCAAGUUUGGGCUCCCAGCUGAAGUGCCUUGUCCCAAAGGCUCCUUGGGUGCAGCAAUUCGCCACUGUGAUGAAGAGAAAGGUUGGCUGGAGCCCGAUCUCUUCAACUGCACAUCGCCUGCCUUCAAGGAGCUCUCAACACUGCUGGAGGGCCUGGAGCGGAACGAGACGGAGCUGAACACCAUUGAGGCAAAGAAGCUGGCGCACCGGCUGCGCGCGGUGACGGACCAGAUGGAGCGCUACUUCGGCAACGACGUUCACAUCACCUACCGCCUGCUGUCCCACCUGAUGGAGUUUGAGAGCAAGCAGCACGGCUUUGGCCUGACCGCCACCCAGGACGCCCACUUCAACGAGAACCUGCUGAGGGCAGGCAGCUCGGUGCUGGCCCUAGAGAACCAGGAGCACUGGGACAUGCUGCUGCAGAGCGAACACGGCAGCAUGGGGCUGAUGGAGCAGCUGAGAGAGUACACGGGCACACUCGCCAGCAACAUGAAACUCACCUACCUAAAUCCCGUUGGCGUGGUAACCCCCAACAUCAUGCUCAGCAUUGACCGCAUGGAGAACAACACCCAUGUCCGGCGGCGCUACCCCCGCUACCACAGCAGCCUUUUCCAGGGGCAGGCCAUGUGGGACCCACACACCCACGUGGUGCUCCCGCUCUCGGUGCUUACACCCCCUAAAGUGGAAGCAGCCCCCACGCCCAUAAGCAGGGAAGGGAACAACACAGUGGAGAGCUCCUCCCCAAAGCUGACCCUCCCGGAGCCCGAGCCUGUCGUCACCAUCCUCAUCCUCAUCAUCUACCGCACCUUGGGGGGGCUGCUGCCAGCUCGCUACCAGGUGGAUCGCCGCAGUCUCAGACUGCCCAAGAACCCCGUCAUGAACUCCCCCAUAGUGAGCGUGUCCGUGUUCAGCAACCACACCUUCGUCCAGGGCACUCUGGACACGCCCCUGGUGCUGGAGUUCCGCCUGCUGGAGACGGCCAACCGGAGCAAGCCCCUCUGUGUCCAGUGGAAUCAUUCCAGCCAGACUGACCCUUCCGGCUUCUGGACAGCAAGGGACUGUGAUCUUGUGUUCAGAAACACCACGCAUGUGCGCUGCCAGUGUUCCCAGUUUGGCACCUUUGGGGUGCUGAUGGAUAGCUCCCACCGAGAGCAGCUGGAGGGUGACCUGGAGACCCUGGCCAUUGUCACCUAUUCCUUGGUUUCUCUUUCUCUCGUGGCCUUGCUGCUGACCUUCUCCUUCCUGACCUGUCUGAAAGGCCUCAAGUCCAACACCCGGGGCAUCCACUCCAACAUAUCUGUCACCCUCUUCUUCUCCGAGCUGCUCUUCCUCUUGGGAAUCAACCGCACUGAAAAUCAGUUCCUCUGCACUGUGAUUGCCAUCCUGCUGCACUACUUCUUCCUCUCCACCUUCGCCUGGCUCUUCGUGCAGGGCCUCCACAUCUAUCGCAUGCAGACCGAAGCCCGCAACAUCAACUUCGGAGCCAUGAGGUUCUAUUAUGCCAUUGGCUGGGGGGUGUCUGCCAUCAUCACCGGACUGGCCGUUGGCUUGGACCCAGAGGGCUAUGGGAACCCAGAUUUCUGCUGGAUUUCUAUCCACGAUAAGCUGGUCUGGAGCUUUGCAGGCCCCAUUACUGUCGUCAUUGUGAUGAACGGGGUGAUGUUCCUGCUGGUGGCCAAGAUGUCAUGUUCCCCAGGCCAGAAGGAGACCAAGAAGAAAUCAGUUCUCAUGACGCUGCGAAGCUCCUUUGUUCUGCUUCUAGUUAUUAGCACUACCUGGCUCUUUGGCCUCUUGGCUGUCAACAACAGUGUCCUGGCUUUCCACUACCUCCACACUGUCCUCUGCAGUCUCCAGGGCCUGGCCGUGUUGGUUCUGUUCUGCAUCCUGAAUGAAGAGGUGCAGGAGGCCUGGAAACUGGCCUGUCUUGGCAAGAAGAGUCAGGGCGAGGAGGCAGCUAGAUCUGCGCAGGUGGGUGGCCCCAACGCCUAUAAUAACACAGCCCUGUUUGAGGAGAGCGGCCUCAUUCGCAUCACCCUGGGGGCCUCCACCAUCUCCUCAGUCAGCAGCGUGCGCUCAGCCCGCACCCAUUCCAGCCAGAGGGGCUACCUCAGAGAGAACGUGAUGGCGCGUCAGGGCUCAGCCCUGGAUCACAGCCUGCUCGGUCACACCGGCCCCACGGACCUCGAUGUGGCCAUGUUUCACCGUGAUGCAGGGGGAGACUCUGACUCAGACAGUGACCUCUCCCUGGAUGAGGAGCGCAGCCUUUCCAUCCCGUCAUCGGAAAGCGAGGAGAACGUACGCCUCCGGAGCCGGUUCCAGCGUCAGUUCAAACGGGCAGCGCACAGCGAGCGGCUCCUCACCAACCCCACCAAUGUGGAUGGCAAUGACCUGAUGUCCUAUUGGCCAGCGCUGGGCGAAUGUGAGGUUCACCCCUGCUCUCUGCAGAAAUGGGGGUCUGAGCGGAAGCUGGGCUUUGACAUCAACAAGGAUGCUGCCAACAACAACCAGCCAGAUCUGGCCCUGACCAGCGGGGAUGAGAACUCCCUCACCCAGACCCAGCGCCAGAGGAAAGGGAUUUUGAAGAAUCGCCUCCAGUACCCUCCAGCUCUGCAAGGCUUACCAUCCGUUGGCAGAAUGACCAACGAGCUUUCCUGGUACAAAACAUCCACCCUGGGUCACAGGGCUGUUCCUGCUGCCUCUUAUGGCAGAAUCUACUCUGGUGCAGGUAGCCUCUCUCAGCCAGCGAGCCGGUAUUCUUCCCGGGAGCAACUCGACAUGCUGAUGAGAAGGCAGAUGUCCAGAGAACAGCUGAGCAGGAACGACGCGGGGGAAUACUUGGAAGCUGUACGCAGCAGGCAUGGGUCCAGGGAGGAACUGGACACCAUUCUCAACAGGCCUGGAUCAAGGGAGCAAUUGGACACUAUCCCUAGUAGGCAUGGGUCUAGAGAAGACUUAGAUACAUUAGCUUCCAAGCCUGAUAAGAAAGAUCAUGGGAAUACACUACCGAGGAAGCAGGGUUCUAGAGACCAUCUAGAUACUUUACCCAGUCGAUUUGGGUCAAGAGAACUACUAGACUGUGGGCCAGUCAGAGAGGUCUCUAGAGAGUGGCUCAAUACUUUGCCUAACAGGCAAGUAUCUAGAGAUCGAAUGGACACUUUACUAAGUCGAGACAUUUCUCGAGAACAAUUGGACCUGCUUUCAGGACGACAGCCUUCAAGGGACCAGCUAGCGUUAGCUAGACAAACUUCAAGAGAGCAGUUGGACUUUUUAUCCAGAAGAUCUAAUUCCAGAGAGCAUCUGGAUACAGUGCCUAGUAGGCUUCCUUCUAGAGAAAAUCUAGAACCUCUGUCUAGGAGACAGCCUUCUAGGGAAAAUCUGGAAGCAAUCCCUAGCCGACAUCCUUCCACUGAGCAAUUAGAUAUCCUUUCUUCUAUCCUUGCUUCUUUUAAUUCUUCUGUCCUGUCCUCUGUGCAAUCCUCCAGUACUCCCUCUGGCCCACAGACCACAGCAACUCCUUCUGCUGUGCAGACUUCCUCAACGCCCUCUGUGCUGUGCCCGUCGCCACCUCUCUCUGCUACAUCCCACAGUAUCUCUGAGCUAUCGCCAGAUUCAGAAAUAACGAGAAGUGAAGGUCAUUCCUGAGGGGCCCGAGCUGCGGCGAGAGCGAAGGAAGAAGCAGGGACGAUCACCUGGCCAGACACUUUCAGCAGAGGUUUGGAGUCCCUGGGUGCCAGGCGCCUACAAGGAAAGAACUGAUGAUGGUGGUCAGAGGCCCAAAUCCACCCCGCCCUCCCCACCCAUUGGUUCUGGAGAACUUGUGGGGGGGAGAGGUAGGCAAACCAUCUCUGGGAGGAAAGGGUCUCAGGUACCUCUGCACCAGAAUGGAGCUGCACUGACCAAUCGCCUGCUCAACAGGGCACCCCCAGAGGAGGGGAGAAGUACUACACCGUGAGCAAACCCAGGCUGGUGCCGCUGGUUACAUAUCAAAAGCAAACAGACCGAAAUCUUCCUUUCUGAACCAUUUCUACACUGUGUGUGUGUGUGUGU